ACCAGCGGCGGCUCACAGAGAGCCUCGCAGACCGAGAAAGACACGGUGGACUCCAUUGCUGUUCCGAGUGCGUUUCUCGCCGGACUUGGUGUUUCCCCCCCGUCGACUGCGUGUCUGGUCCGCGCUCGUGCACGUUAACGAAGUUGAUUCCCCGAUUUCGGCCCGAACGGCGAGCCGUCUUAUUUUGCGAGCGAGCGACCGAGCAAUCGACCGACCGACCGACCGACCGACGUAUCCGGAGGUUGUGAAUUAAGAUACAUUCUUGUUUGUCCAGUGCGCGGAGUAAACGCGUGUGUUAACGCGAGCCGAGUCUUCUCGUGCGUGAGACCGGAACGUGAGAAAAAAGAGAGGGCCCCACGAUGGCUGACCAACUCACAGAAGAACAAAUCGCAGAGUUUAAGGAGGCGUUCUCGCUAUUCGAUAAAGACGGCGAUGGUACUAUAACCACCAAAGAAUUGGGCACGGUCAUGCGGUCCCUCGGACAAAAUCCCACAGAAGCCGAACUACAGGACAUGAUUAACGAAGUAGAUGCGGAUGGUAACGGCACAAUCGACUUCCCGGAGUUCUUGACCAUGAUGGCGCGUAAAAUGAAGGACACGGAUAGCGAGGAAGAGAUUAGAGAGGCCUUCAGAGUGUUCGAUAAGGAUGGAAAUGGUUUCAUAUCCGCGGCGGAACUUAGACACGUCAUGACAAAUCUGGGCGAGAAACUCACUGAUGAGGAAGUAGAUGAAAUGAUACGGGAGGCCGAUAUCGACGGCGACGGCCAAGUUAAUUAUGAAGAAUUCGUCACAAUGAUGACAUCAAAGUGAAUGCAACCUGUGUAACGGAAGAACUCGCGACUCGGAGUGGUGUUGACGUAUUAAAUAAAUCAAGAAACAGAGAAAAAAACAUAUGUAACAAAACGAGAAUCAACCAGAAAGUGACAAAUCUUGUAUCAGGAUACGAAGAUGUCUUAUAAAAGCGCGAAGAGUCAACGUCCGAUAACGCGUUAAAAAAAAUCAUCGUUUAACGAUAAGUAAUACAGGGCAAUUAAUUGUUUAAUUAAAGAGUUAUACCACUAAAAUCAUUAUCUCUCAAAACAUAAAUAUUUACGCGUGUAUACAUAUACACACACACACCCACACAUACACACACACGCACACAUAACAAAACGAACACACGUAACACAGUAACUCGUUACACUAAAUAACACGUACGAACGUAACACGCUCGAAGAGUAUACACGUACACACAUUCACUCGGAUGUCUUAUUUCCAUUGGAUAAAACAAUUUUGGAAGUGAGAUAACGCGAAGACACACAAUUGCGCGCGCAUGUGCACCAACGACAAAGAAAAAAGUGCAUUUUCCACUUUCCUCUCUUUCUCGACUGCCCCCCUUCCCUCAUUUCCUACCUUUCCUCUCCUGCUUUUUUUGAUUUUCUUUUCCUUUUUUUUUCUUGUCGCGCCCUUCGGCAUUACCUUUCCUUCCGCCACCAUCCCCCCCCCCCUCUCCGCCUCUCCAUGUCUUCACCUGUCCUCCUUCAUUUCCCCGGAAGUUUUUUCAUGAGAAAGGCAUGUCGAAGAAUUGUAAUUUCUCUUUACAAAGGGAGAGGAAAUGUGUGUGUUAAGGGACAAAGUAUAAAUCCGAUGUAAGAUAAAUAUUAAAAGCAGCAAAGAUUUAUUUGCCAAUCGAGAAAAAAAAAGAUUCAUCUCGAGAAUUCCUUCGUUCAUUUUUUUUAAUAAACGAGAUACGUGUAUAGUGAAUGAUGACAUUAGGAUACGUAGCUGCUAAAUAGAUGAUGAUGUCUCUACCGUUAAAAUGCAUGCACAUGUACAAAUGUUUGUUUGUCUCUGUGAGAGAGAAUUCGGCCUGGACCGAUCGUUUUCCAGACAAAGAGAGAAAGAGAGCGACAGUAUAAAUACGAUGCGCUUCGGCCUCUGGGUUAUUGAUGACGACUUUAAAUGCAAAAGCUGUGCUGGACCCCUCGAUGCCUCACAAACGAAUAACUUAAUUUAUAUAAGUAACGAGCGAGAAAAUUUAUAAAAAAAAGAGAUGAGAGAGAGCGAAAUGAGAUGGAGAGAGAGGGAAGAAAGAAUCGGAGGAGGAGCUUCGAGGAGCUCAGACCUAGUGCUUUCGCUCGCGUCGCGUCUCUCGCGGGACGGGAUGUUGAUGUCUGUCGUGCGGAUAAUAUAUGAUCGUCACGCGGACGACGAGUCGCGACGUGAUCGUUGGAAAGCUCCAGGAUCCGAAGUCUCGACAUUCCUAUUUGAAAAAAAAAAAAUAAUGAAAAUGUUAAUAAAAAAGAAAUGUCUCUUCCUUACGCUUUCAAUCAACAUCAUCCAGCCUCUCGUGCUCGUGCACACGGGACUCACACGUACACGUACGUUUAACUAUACUUACGCGAAAAACUAUACACACGAAAGAUUAUUACACACAGAGCAAAAGAAAAAAAAAAGAGAAACACUAUAAUAUUAUAUUCACGAAGUGCGUUUUGCCUCCAGUUCCAUUUUAAUCUCCUAUUUGUAAACUUGCCUUCCACUCUAAGGAAAGCCUUACAUACAUGCGCGCAAAAAAGAUACAAAAAAAAAAACGAAAAAAAAGAGAAACAACGUCGACACCACUUUUGUUGAUAUGUAAAUCUAUGGAGAAAUAAAAUAGGGAUGGGGGAUUAAAGGAAGUAAAGGCCACAGUGAGAUCGGUGCAUUACUUUUCUUCGCCCAGGGGUGCGUGCCAGUCUCGUAAAAACGGAGCCAACCAGAUCGGAGAAACUGGUGUGAUUUUUGUGCGAUCCGUACAAUAUAAUGUUACUUAAGAACUCGAGAGUAAAGAACAUAAAUGCCGUACAGCGUAAACAUCAUGCGUGUCGGUGGUUCAGUCAUAAUAUAUAUGUAAUAUAUAUAUAUAUAUAUAUAAAAUAAUUUACGAAGAAAUUAAGAAAAAAAAAGAUGAAAGAGAUAAUUCCUCCACAGUCGUUUAUUAUUUAAUAUUGAAGUGAAAAAUGAGAAGUACUUGUAUUUCUGGUGACCUAGAUCGCAUUGAUCAUUAAAACAAAAAAGAUAAAAAGAUAAAAAAAAAGUAAAAAAAGACAAAAUAAAUAUAUCCUCAUUUUUAGGUCACAGCUACUCGAUUCGUUUCCUUCAUUACUAAUGGACCUCUCGUUUCAGCAACCAUCUCUUUUUGUGUUCGAUGGCAUCUAGAUACUUUGCUAUGAGAAUAUUUCAUUGUGUCUCUGUGAACAGGAUCCACUUUACAUAUCUCUGACUUUUCUCGCUACCCUCGAAAAAACUUUUGAGAAGAAUAGAUAUAGGUUACAAGAAAGUACGGUAUAUUAAUUGUAAUUAGGAAAUCUCGCUCCCCGUUAAACACCCGAAAAAAAAAUCUAGGGGGAGAGGAGGAAAAAAAAGCACACAUUGGGUCUAUUUGUAAACUGUGGUUAUUCUGUGUCCUGAGGUAUAUUUCCACACUUACACUUUAUUAAGAAUGAGAAAGAUUGUCAACAACACACUCGUUUUGUAAAAGUGGUCGUUUAGUAUUCGACAGGCAUCUGUAUCUAAAUGCUUCCAAAUCCGCUUCGUUUCAUCGAACACUGAUACCUAGCGAUUAAGUCUCUUACGUUACAAAGACUCUAUUCCAGUAUUUAAUAUAAUAGUAAUUUUAUAUCCGUAUCGCAAAAUCUAUUUAUUGAAAGAAUUUUCGCGCGCCGAGGAUAGAUAGGUAGAUAGAAAAGAAAGCGAGCGAGCGAGAGAUUGAGAGAGAAAGAGAAAAGAGUGGCGCAUGGAAGCUCUUGUUGUGAACGUUAACAUCGAGGCAAUGCCAAAUCUUUACCGAAUAAUAUUGAAGCGUUAGCUCUUCUAAUAUUUAAUUUAGCGUCCCCUCGAUCUUUGUUAUUGAAAUACACGUUGUUGUUCUUAAAAAAAAAAAACAAUCGUUUAUACCGUAUUUGCGGAGGUACCAAGACACAUCCUGCUUCUAUUCGAACGUUGUAUUUAUUUCGAUGUGUACAUAUAAAAAAAAAUCGCAAAAUCGAUCGACGAAGUGAGUUUUCGUUCGAAUACGCUAAUCGUAAUUUUUUAAAUGAGCAAGUUCGUUGCGCUAUAAACAAGGUGAGAACGUUGUACGUUUGCAAGACGAGAAAAUUCUUUUUUUUUUUUAAUCUGAUUAUUUCGAGCGUAGACUCUGUUCUUUUCUUUUUAUUACUUUGAACGAUUGUAGUCAUUCGAUUUAACGCUCCUUGAUUUUUUUUCUCAGAAAUCUAAUUCGAAAAUUGUUUCUAGUGUAUGUAAGUAUAUUCUCUGCCGUAUCUCAAAGGCGUUCUUCACUUCUUGUCGUACAUAAAUAAAGCGGCACAGUUUGUAUAAAGUGUUGAUAUUAAGUUAAUAAAUUGUUCCUAUAUACUUAUAUGGGA